CCUGAGCCUGCGAGAAAUAAGAGUAAGGAUUUCUCUAACUUCUCCCCCAUUUCACUUUUUUUCCUUUAUACUUUCUCAUUCAAUUCAUCACUGUUUUAUCUAUAAAAACCUUCUUCUUCUUUUUUUUUUCCUUCAAUUUCAAACCCAAAAAAAUAGAGAGAGAUGGAACAGAGUAGUAGUGUUUGGUUAGAGAGUGAAAUCGAAACUGCUCGAAUUCUUACUGAUUUGCGUCAUACUUUCUCUUUGUUCAGCCAUGUACCUUACUCGUGGGGGUGUAGAAAGAAGAGAUCUGCAAUUCGUAAUACACCUCCUUCUAAUGGCGGCGGCGCCACCACCACCGUUAUUCCUCCUCCUCCUGACGCCGUCAAAGCUAAAGUUUCAAGUCCAACAACCCCUCUUUCGUUUCCGAGAACUGAAUCAGAUGAGAAACCCAAGCAUUCGGAAAAACGAACUUCUCUCAAAAGGACGAAAGAACACUAUCUCAGAAUAAUUGAAGAUUUGAAGAAAACCAAAGACUCCACAACUCAAGAGAUUGCAAAUGUGAAACGUCAAUGUGAAGAAUUGAAGCUCUUCAAUUCCAAAUUGAAAGCAAAACAAAAAGAGCUAAAUAUUAAUGGUCCCAAAGGUGAAUACAAAAUCCCCAAUUUAGAAAUUAAUAACCCAAUGAAACUGAAUGAUAUCAUCAAAAAUUCAGCCAACGAUUCGAGUUUCACUACUGAAAAUACAGAGCAAAGAAUUCAUCAUGCCAACAAUAUUGGGUUUGAUCCAACGACGUCGUUGGGAGUGGCAUCAUCAUCAUCUUCUUCAUUGGGCCGAAAGAUCGAUAAUAUGGGCCCAUUAUCAAUUCCUGAUUUGAACUUAUCAUUUGAAGCAAAUAUAGAUUUGAGUAAAGCAUGGGCAGCUCAAGCAAGACAGAGAAGGAUUCAAAUUUUGAGACUCGAGAAAAAUGUGAGAAAUAAUGCUAAACAACACCAAUCUUCUUCUAGUAGAUAGUAGCACUAAGUUUUCAUUUUUUAACUAUUUUAAAAAGCUAUAUAAGAAUAUUCAUUAUGUUAUGAAUAUAAGAAUAUUUCUUUUUUAGAAAAUUCUUGUGAUGUUGGACCGAGAUUGCUAGUAUAAAGGAAAUCUGAUGCAUCUUGGGGAACAAAAUAUUUUUGGAAAUAAUAUAUAUGUUUAGUAAUGUUUGAGAUUUCUACUUUUGUUAAUACUCAAUUAAUUUGUAUAACAUAAAAUAAUUGCUAGGAUUGACACAUUCACUUAAGUUCUGA